AUGAAAAAUACAAUUUCUCAAACACCUAAUCAAAUGAUUUACUCUGAAAAUGCUGGUUAUCUACCUUAUGAUAAUGAUAGUAGAGUGACAAAUGAUGCUGGAUAUUUUGAUGUAAAUAUUCCACUAAGUAUGAUUAUUGGUUUUGCUGAAGAGUAUCGAAAGAUUAUUGUAAAUGCAAAACAUGAACUUAUUUUAACAAGAUCUCGUACUGAUCAAAAUGCUGUGGUAAACAUUGGAGCAGCUGAGCGUGAAGAAUUUAGAAUUAUAAUUAAUAAAAUUGAAUGGUUAAUUCCAUAUUUAAUGGUAAAUGAUCGACAAAAAAUUGAAUUAUUGAAAUUCAUUGAAAAAGACUUACUUAUAACAAUGAGUUUUAGAUCAUGGGAUUUGUAUGAGUAUCCUAUGAUUCCUGCCACUCAAAAGCAUGUGUGGACUGUAAAAACUUCAACACAAGUUGAAAAACCUCGAUAUGUUAUUCUUGGUUUUCAAACAAAUCGAAAAGAAGAUCAAGGAAGGUAA